AUGUCUGUGGUGAAGUCGAUUGAAUUAGUGCUGCCCAAGGAUGCAGUGUACCUGGCCGGCUCCAGCAUAAAAGGGCAGGUGAUUCUAACCCUGAACAGCACCCUGGUGGACCCCAUAGUGAAGGUGGAGCUCGUGGGAAGGGGUUAUGUCGAGUGGAGCGAAGAAAUCGGAGCAUCGCGCGAUUACAGCAGAGAUGUUAUUUGCAACAACAAGGCCGACUACGUGCAUAAGAUAAAGACAUUCCCAGUGCAGGAUAAUUGGUUAAGUGCAGGCAGCCACACCUUUGAUUUCCAUUUCAACUUACCUCCCAGGCUUCCUUCUACCUUUGCUAGCAAAAUUGGCCACGUCUUCUACUACGUACAAGCUUCCUGCAUGGGCCGGGAACACAUUUUAGCAAAGAAGAGGAUGUACUUACUGAUUCAAGGGACUUCGGACUUCAAAGAAAGGCCAUUCCAGAACCCCCUCUUGGUGGAGGCUGAGAAGAAAGUCUCCUACAACUGCUGCAGUCAGGGCACCAUCUCCCUGCAAAUCCAGAUGGAAAAGAACGUCUUCACACCAGGAGACAAGGUCGUCUUCACGACGGAGAUCAACAACCAGACCAACAAAUGCAUCAAGACGGUUAUCUUUGCCCUCUACGCCCAUGUGCACUGCGUGGGCUUCACGCCCAGCACUGAGCGGCGGUUGCGGAUAGAUAGCAGCGAGCUGUUGCGGCAGGAAGCCAAAACCCAAAGCAUCCCCUUCAACACCACUAAGAUCGUCAGCACCUUCAACUUGCCACCGGUGCUGUCCGUGAGCGGCAACACCCAGGACAGUGACAUCAUGAACACGCACUAUGAGCUGGUCAUCAAUGUGCACCUGCCCUGGUCCCUGACCAGUGUCAAGGCCAAGGUUCCCAUCAUUAUCACCAGCACCCCGGUGAAUUCGGCCGGCUGCAUGCUGCUGGAGGGGGCGGUGUCACCCACAAGCCAGGAUCACCAGAAUUAA